AUGGCCGCCACUGGCGGUGAUCCAUCGCCGUCGGAUGUGCAAGCUGCUGCCGGGGCGCUGGCUGCCCACGCGCUGGAGCAGAAUGUUUCAGAGGAGUCGGAUGACUACCUUCGAGCGGCUCAAACCCUGGCGCAACAUUUAGCGGCCGAGCCAGAUGCUUCGGAAGUGGUGGCGGCGGCGCUGUUGAGGCAGGCCUUGGGAACCGAGGUGGUGAAGCCAGACACAGACCUCAACGCCGUGUCAACGGCUCUCGCCACCCACAUGGCUGAAGCAUGCAGCAGUCCGGAACAUCUGGAAACUGUCGCAGCAGCUUUGGCGCAACACCUCCUCAAGCAGGAAGUGGAAGUGCCAGUUGAGGGAUUGGCCGACGUGGUCGCGAAGGCUUUGCUGACGCAUGCCGCGCUGCACUGUGCUGGUGAUCAGCCAGACGAGAAAGGCUUUUCCAUGGAAGGUGAAGCUACGCCAGCAAGAAUAACCUCCGACCCCGCACGGCUUCUGAGAAUCCAUGCAGCCCUGCGGCAGGAGCUUAUGCAAGGCAUUCGCAUUGGUGACACCGUGCAGAUUCGAUCGGCGCUGAAUCGAGGUGCAUCGCUCUCGGCGCACUACUACUCCACAAGGAUGCCAGCCAGGCCUUCGGUGCCGCUUCAUGGCACACCGAAGGGCCCAACGACGAGUUUGGUGAAUCCAGUUGACUGGGCAGUGCUUGAAGGCCGCUACAAGGAGGCGAUGUACCUCAUGGAGCUGACCGAUGGCCACAUGGUUUUCAAUCGCGACGAAGAGCGCAGCUGCUUGCAGGUUGUGCAGAUGGCCCGACGCAGCAAGCAGGCGGUCGUGGUUGCCUCUCAACGAGGCCAGGCAGCUCUGCUGCAGAUGCUUCUCGAGCGCUCUGCCGACGUCGCUCAGCAGAACCUCUGGGGAGAAACGGCGUUGCAUGUGGCCACGAGGGCUGGUCAGGAGGAGGCGGUGUCCCUGCUCUUACAGCACGGUGCAUGGCAGAAGGAGCCACGCAAGCGGGAGGUGCUCACGCACGCAGAGGCCCAGAGGAUGCAGCAUGUGAUCGUGGCCGCAGGAGCUUCAGCCGAUUACAGUGAGAGCAUCCUCGAUCGACAACUGCCUGGGUAUCAGGAGGUGCUCCAAGCGCUGUCCGAGACAACCUGCAAGGCGGAUCACGACUUCACCGUCUCCGCCAUUCUAGAUCUCGCUGGGGCUUCCAGAGCCAGGUCCACCGUCCACGCCGACACGGUCGCUGGCGUGGCCCCGCAGGUGGAGCGACCGACCUGGGGGCCAGCCGCCACAGUCGUUGAGGUCCGGCGUGAGCGGCUGGAGCUGCAUGGCGACCUUGUCAAGGCCGUGCGCAAAGGUGACCUUUUUGCCGUGGCAUCGUUGGUGCAGCGUGGAGCACAGAUGGAUCUGAGCUUCAACUUGGGAUACGGCGAGGCAGGCAAUUGCAUCGACUGGGCCGUGUGCUGUGAGCGGCCCUUGGUUGCCCUGAAGCUCCUGGAGCUCGCGACGGAGCAGAGCCCGAAACUGGGGGAGGCUCUUGCAGGCAACGCUCGAGCAGCGCUCUUCUGGAGCGUUGUGCAUGGCUAUGCGGAUGUUUUGGAAGCGCUCCUCAUCCGCGGGAUCGACGUCGCCAUGAAGCAGCCUGCCGUUUUGGCCGGUCACGGGGGCUCCACGCCCCUGGCGCUGGCUGUGGCGAGCUACCGCCCCGGUGAAGCGAGCCUUCUUCUGAAGCACGGGGCCUGGGAGAAGGAGCCGCCCGAGAAACGCCUGGAGCUGCUUCGCAAGGUCCGUCUUCGUGGCGGAGCCAUGGCGGCAGCCUUUGCAGCUGCAGGAGAGUUGGUCGGCCAAAGUUUGCCGCGCUUUCGCCUCCUCAACGCGUGCGAGCGAGACGGUUUGUUGCCCGAGGCAACGGGGGAUCCGAAGACUCGCGAGCUGCGCGAAGCUCGCGAAGCUCGAGGCCGGGCUGCGCUUCGAGCAGACCGCAAGGCGAUGCUUGGGGCUUCAGAUUGUGGCGAGUCGACCCGGAUGCCCCAUGCGGUGAUGGCAAUUCCUGCUGUGCCAAGCAGUUGGACAGGGCACUUUGCAGAACUCCGAGAGGAGGAGGAUGAGGAGGAGGACUUGCCAUGGUUCCACAGCCCCAGGCACUGUGCAGGGAAGCGGAGCCUGAGCCACGAGAAUGCUUUCAGAGAAGUGUUUCCAGACACCUGGUUUGCGCCUGCAUGGAAUUAA